GCUCGGGUCAGUCUAAUCCCUGCGGGUGCAGCGAGGAGUCGCCAUAGCCGGCGGCGCCGCGCCAUGGACAGCAGCCCCCCUUCCCCUGCCGAGGAGCCCGGCGCCGCGGAGGGGCGCAGCAUGGUGCAGAGCCCAGAGCCGCUCGGGGCAGGGGGCACCCAAGUGCCGGGGGAGGGAGAGAGAGAGGAAGGGGCGAAGCCCCCCGGCCCCUGGCGGGAAGAGGCAGCCGAAGCUGAAGGGAAGGAGCAGGGGGCGCCCGGGGGCGCCGAGGAGGCAGGCGGCAGCCCCGAGGGGGGGAGCGGGCCGCCGGAGCGGGCCGGCGGGGAGAGCGAGGAGGGAGAGGGCGAAGCAGGCGCAGGGGGAAGCGGCGAGGGCGAAGGAUCUGCAGAGGCGCCCGCGGAGCAGCGCAGCGGAGCAGAGACGCCGGGGGCGAGCAUCGAGGAAGGGGGAGUCCCCGGGGCAGAAACUCCUCCGGCGGGGGCUGCAGGAGAGGAAGAGCACGAAGCAGGCGAGCCAGAGGAGGCGGCGGCGGCGGAGGAAGAAAAGCCCGGGGAGGGGUCCCGAGAGGCAGCAACCCCGGAGGGAGACGAGCCCGCGGAGGAGGAGAGCGAGGAAGGCGCUGGCAAAGAUGCAGCGGCCGAAGAAAAGCCCGAGAGCGGGGACGAGGAGGAUGCAGAGGGCGAAAGGAGGGACGGAGAAAGCCCCGGCGCUGCCCCCGGGGGCGCAGAGCCCCAAGAGCCGGCGGCAAGGAGUUGCUUCAGGCCGGGCCCCCCAGGAGAUGAGCGCAGCAGCGGAGCACGCCCGAGUCGGAGAGAGCCCCGAGGACACCCCAGCUGGGGAUGAACUGAGCAAUCACCUCGCAGACCCAAAGGCCAGCGGGGACCCCGAGGAGCCUGCGGGAGCGGAGAGAGACGAGGACGCGCUGGACGUGAACUGCACGCAGGCGGAGGAGGAGGAGGAGGCGGUGGCGGUGAGCACUCCGGGAGACCCCGGGGAAGAGGCGCAAGAGCAUGACAUUUCCCUCUUCGUCAAGGCUGGUAGUGAUGGGGAAAACAUUGGAAAUUGCCCAUUUUCUCAGCGCCUCUUUAUGAUUCUGUGGCUAAAAGGUGUUAUAUUUAAUGUAACAACUGUAGACUUGAAAAGAAAACCUGCAGACCUGCAGAAUCUAGCCCCAGGAACAAACCCUCCUUUUAUGACUUUUGAUGGUGAAGUGAAAACUGAUGUCAAUAAGAUUGAGGAGUUCUUAGAAGAAAAAUUAGCAUCACCAAGGUACCCCAAACUUGGGCCAAAGCACCCUGAAUCUAAUUCUGCAGGAAAUGAUGUGUUUGCAAGAUUCUCUGCUUUCAUAAAGAACACAAGAAAAGAUGCUAAUGAAAAUUUGGAAAAAUCCUUGCUUAAGGCUCUAAGGCGGCUGGAUAACUAUUUAAAUACCCCUUUGCCUGAUGAAAUUGAUGCCUAUAGCACUGAAGACGUCACUGUUUCCAGCAGGAAAUUCAUGGAUGGAGAUGAGCUCACCUUAGCAGAUUGCAACCUGUUACCAAAGCUCCACAUCAUUAAGGUUGUGGCAAAAAAAUAUAGGAAUUUUGAGUUUCCACCUGAAAUGACUGGGAUCUGGAGAUAUUUGAACAAUGCUUAUGCUAGAGAUGAAUUCACAAAUACUUGUCCUGCCGAUCGAGAAAUUGAGUUUGCAUAUCUGGAUGUUGCAAAGAGAAUGAAGUGAUGAAUUAAAAGAUGUUUCUAGUCUACAUUUCUUCAAAGAGUUGGAUGAGAACAAACCAAGAUAAAAACAGAGUACAUUAUGCAGCAUAUUUUUAAGUACUAUGACUGGCCAAUCCUUUUUUCUUUUCUUGCAUUGUAUUAAGCUCACUAAAUAAUAUGUAUGUCUGCUUGUGUAUAUGUAUUACACAGUCUGUGUUAAAGGUAUCAGAUCAAAAUUCAAACAUCUGUAAAAAUUACAAUAAGGGGCUAGGGCACGCAAUUAUUACAAUUCGGCUUUUUACUCUUGGUAAAAAUAUUGCAUUUUGAGACUAAAAUUUCCUGCUUAUGCAUUUAGCAUCAUUAUUGCUGCCUUUAAUUUCUCGGUUUAUUUCAAUGUUAUUGUCAAAACUGAUGUUUGAUUUAGAGGACUAAGAGCCAGAGCAACAUUUUUUUCUCAAGAUGUACCUAAAAAAAUAUCUGUGACCUUCCGGGUUGCAUAAAUGUUGGAAGACUGCAGGAUGGCUGUUGCCUGCACAGCAGGCUGUUUAUCCAGAAGAAAGGUCUGCUUUGAUGUGGAACCAACUUUCUAUAUCAAGGAGCUGUGGAUCAGCUCAACCAAAGCCCUAUUUCAUACCCUGCACAAGUCCCUAUCCUGUGUAUGUCUAGCCCUCUUCUCUCUAAGAGCUGCACAACCCAUGGGACUUCCUCCGGUCCUAGAAAUGGAUAGAAACAUAUAUUGCCGCUAACCUGUGGACUAUGCAAUAAAAUUACUUGAUGUACUGGGAGAAGAACUGGAAAAUCUUUCUCCCUUAGUAUUGAGCUGAGGCCCCCUUCUCCGCUCCUAUUUGGUAUCUGAAAGCAAUGAAUAUGUGGGAAGGAGGGCUAGUUACCCUUUCUUCUUGACAAAACUUCGGAAUGUGCUCUACAAUCAGUACCAGUGAGAAUACCCAGUUCCCCUGGAAGAGAGAACAUACCAUCAGCAGUCCAAUGGGCUCUAGCCACAGAGGCUGGUUUCUGCUCGCACAGCCCUCAGGCAUAACCUAUGCAAAUCACAGCCUCUUCACUUGCCUGGGAGCAAGAGCUCUGGCCCAGCUACUAUAGCUGUGUUAUUGUUGUGGUCACCAGGAAGUCUGUCUCUGAGGGUUUCCCACAAUAUAUUUUUGAUAGGGUUAUGUGUGUCUAAAGAUGCAGUAGAUUUUGUAUACUGGAGAAAUAUGAAAUACAUUAACCUUGUAAAAAACCUCUACAUUUUAAAAUAGAAAACCUAUCCCAUAUCAAGAAGACAUCUACUUUUUUUACAUGUUUUACUUGAUUUUCAGUUUUCAGGUGUACUCUGCACUGUUUAAUUAUAAAAAAAAUACUCGGUUCUGAUGCAUAUCUUGUAUCAUAGUUAUUUUUAAACAGUGUUAAAUGUGAAUUGUUAUUUUUUUGUCUUUAGAGAAAAUGGACACUUACCCUGUUUUACAGUACAAAGCUCAAAUAUUGGGGUUGAUAGCUGAGCAAUCACUCACCGAAUGUUACUAACGGCUGCUUUGUAUUUUCCAACACAUAUAGAUUCUAUAUAAUCUUCUCAUAUGCCUUACAAAUUUGAGCAGAAAAUACACAAAUUAAUAAGUACAUUGAAUGAUAUCCUGUGUUUAUUUCAGUUCCAGUUCCCUGACUAUGUGCGGUCUAUCACUAGCGUGGAUUUUGAGAGAGAAAGUCAAAAAUAACUAAACCUGGAUUUGUCUUUAAGAACUAGAAGAACAUUUUAGGCCCUGUCCUGCAACCAGACCCUAACAGCUGCCAGGAGCUGCAUACACAGACCCAAUUUCAAGACUCGAGGCUUUACUGUUGACCAGGCUUAAUUCAACUGUUUUGGACUCGUGCUAUGGCCUGAAAGUAGCAGUGUAGACAUUGAGGUCUGGCUGGAUCUUGGGCUCUCAAACCUGAUGAUGUGGGAAGGUCUGAGCUCCAAUUGCAGCUAGAGUGGGCACAGCUACUUUGCUAUUUUUAGCUCCAUAGCGUUUGAGCCUUCCAAACGUGAGGCAAUUGGCGAGGCCUUUGAGACUCACUGCCAUAAGGGUGUUUUUGCAGUGUCGCUGUAUAGUAGCGGGUUUUGCUUCUUAAAUAAAAAGCUGUGCUAAUGUCACUUGCUAGAAGACUGAUGGAAAAAGGAAACACUCAUCUAAAACAAAAUUUCAUACAGCUUAAGAACAUAAGAAUGGCCAUACUGGG